AUGUCUUCAGGCUUUGUUUCCGGGGGAACUGCAGAUGCACCUAUUGAGCGAGAUGAGGAAUGGCGACAAGCUCAGCGUGCAAUCGAGGAGAAACGGAAGGAGAAGGAAGACCUAGGAAGGCAGAACGAGGGCAAGAGCCUCUUUGAAGUAUUGCAAGCAAACAAAGAAGCAUUUGAACAAGCUGCUCGCUACAAACUCCAUGUAACGCUUGAUGACGACGAAGCGGACUACCUCGAGGGUAUCCUUGAGGCGAGGCGGAAAGAAGAUGCGAGUGUGAAGAAGGAGACUCGUGAACAGCUGGAAAUAUUCCGCAGGCAGCAAGAAGAAGCGGAGAGGAAGGCGUUGGAAGAUGAAAACAGCGAAGUGCCGAAGGAGGAUCUUGUUCAAUGGGCCGCGCCUGGCCGUAAGCGCAAAACAGGCCAUGAGAACAGUCUACUGAAGAACGUCAAGUUACGAAAGCCCAGCUCGACGGCAGCAGAAAAGAAGCCGAUCGUCACAGCUGACGAGCAGGAGAAGCCGGCCAAUUCGCUGGCGGCGAUCGCAGGAGAACCGACCUUGACUAUUCCUUCUCCAUCUAAGGCUCCAACUACGCUUGCGCUAGGUCUCGGCUACAUGUCUUCUGACGAAGACGACUGA